CCAUCUGCCUCCUCCAAGGAGCGGGGCAUGUGGACCGUGAACUCCGCCGGGCGUCUUGGGAACCAGAUGGGGGAAUACGCCACCCUCUACGCCCUGGCCAAGAUGAACGGGCACCAGGCCUACAUCCUCCCGGAGAUGCACCAGCAGCUGGCGCCGCUCUUCCGCAUCACCCUGCCCGUGCUCUCCAGAUUCAGGGCUUCGAGGAUCCCAUGGAAGGACUACGAGCUCCAUGACUGGAUGUCGGAGGAGUACAGGCACAUCGAGGGGAAAUACGUCUGGCUUACGGGCUACCCCUGCUCCUGGACCUUCUACCACCACCUCCGGCAGGAGAUCCUCCAGGAAUUCUCCUUCCACGACCACGUCAAGGAGGAGGCCAACCAGUACCUGGCCGGGCUGCGUGGGCAGCGCCAGAAUGUGACCUACGUGGGUGUCCACGUCCGGAGGGGGGAUUACGUCCAGGUGAUGGCCGAGCACUGGAAGGGGGUGGUGGCGGACAAGGCCUACCUGGAGAAGGCCAUGGGCUACUUCCGGGCCAAGUACCGGGAGCCGGUCUUCGUGGUGACCAGCAACGGGAUGGAAUGGUGCCAGGAGAACAUCGACGCCUCGCGGGGGGAUGUGUAUUUCUCCGGGGACGGGAAGGAGUCGUCGCCGGGGAAGGACUUUGCUCUCUUGGCCCAUUGCAACCACACGAUCAUGACCAUCGGGACCUUCGGCAUCUGGGCCGGUUACCUGGCUGGGGGGGAGACCAUCUACUUGGCCAACUACACCCUGCCCGAUUCCCCCUUCCUUGAGAUCUUCAAGCCUGCGGCCGCCUUCCUCCCUGAGUGGAUCGGGAUCGACGCCGAUCUCUCUCCGCUGCGGAGCGGGAAUUCUGGCUAAAGGAGCUCAGCCAACAAGAUCCACCCACCGUCACAUGGCCGGUCUGCCCAG